AUGGAAAUUGAGGCAUUUAUGAAGUUGGGUCAGAAAUGUGGCCUUGAAGGUAAAGAAUUAUUAGAUUAUGUAGAGUCCAAAGAAAAACAACUAAAGGAAGAAACACGUCAGCAACAAAAUGCUGAGCGUGAGGAACGGAUGAGGGAAAGACAAGAACGUGAAAAGGAAAGAGAACAUGAAAUAGAAUUAGCUCAAUUAAGAGAAAAACAGAAUGUAAUCAAGGGUCUCCCAGGGAAUGUGCCGAGCAUGCCAGUGUUCAGAGCAGACUCUGAUGAGUUAGAUGCUUAUAUUCUAAGGUUCGAGCGUCAUGCAAAUUUGCAGAAAUGGCCGACGGAAUAUUGGGCAUGCGCAUUAGGUAAUCUGCUGACAGGUCAGGCUUUGGAAGUCUAUACUCGGAUGCCCACUGAAGACGCAAGCAAUUAUAGAGCUUUGAAAUCUACGCUGCUGCAGCAUUUUGCUUUAACAAGCGAGGGAUUUCGCCAACGAUUUCGGGAUGCGAAACGUGGCAGUUCUGAAACUUUUAAGCAAUACGCUGCUAGAUUAAACAAUUACGCGAAGCGCUGGGUAGAGUUAAGCGGGAAAGAUGCAUCUUAUGAUUCAUUACUUGAACUAUUGGUUAUGGAUCAAGUUCUUGAAAGUUGUGAUCGCUCAACCGCAGUUUUCAUUAGGGAGCGUAGCCCUAAAAGCUUAUCGGAAUUGAUUGAUAUUGCAGAGAAAUAUAGUGCGGCGCAUGGAACUACACCACGUGGUUCCAGUAGGAACGCGCAGAGUGGUGAGAAGGCGCGUAAAAGUGUCAACGGAAAUGAACGACACGAAAAGAGUCAAAACACUAAAGGCCCUUGUUAUGCAUGUGGAAAGCAGGGACACUUAGCGAACAAGUGUCCAGAUCGCAAGCGAGAUAUCAAGGAUAAGCAACCAGACUCAUUUCAGUCAGGGGCGCGCAAGCAAAUUGUUGGUGCUUGUAUCGCUGGAUUCUGUCCGGGUUCUGACACUAAGGAAUGUGGUCAUCGUAGUAUGAGUUUUAGUGAUGAAUCGCAGGCUGUAACCCUACAAUAUGGACAUAAACUUCCGGUUAUUAGUGCUGGAUGCACGGUAGGUACUGAUAUGCCAGUAUAUAAAGGCAUGCUGGAUGGUAAGCCAGCAAGUGUACUGCGGGAUUCUGGAAGUAGUAUUGUGAUUGUCCGUUCUGGGUUAGUAGAUGAGGAAAACUUUACUGGUGAAAAACAGUUAUGCCUGCUCAUAGAUAGAACGGUAAGAUAUGUGCCAAUUGCAACAGUGGAGGUAAGAAGUCCUGUAUUUACGGGUAAGGUAAAUGCCCUUUGCAUGACUAACCCACUCUAUGAUGUUAUAAUUGGUAAUAUUCCAGGAGCAAAGAAACUACAGGAUCACACUGAGGAACUGACUUUGGAGGCGGGCGAGAAGUUAGAAGUCAACGAUAAUGGUCAACACUAUGUUCCACCCGAGGUUGCUAACGAGUCAUCCAUAGAUAUCAGCGCAGAGACGACGGAACCAGAUGUAACCAUUCAGGGAGCAGGAGUAAAGACUCGUGGAAUGAAGCAACGUGAGAAGGAGCCAUGGAGGCCAAUUGGAUCUGCAGGAGAGCCUGAGAUCGCAGCUACUAGAAAGGACAUAAUCACCUCCCAGCAGGAAGACAAGUCUCUUGAGAAACUUCGGAAAAUUGCUGCCGAAGGAUGUGAGGCUAAAAUUGUUGGGAAAGGCAGUAAAGUGCGUUAUUUCUAUAAAAAUGGUCUCCUUCUCCGUGAAUAUCAGUCAUUCCCACAGGUCAACAGACAGGUGUACACCCAGUUGGUAGUUCCGAAGCCUUACAGAAGCCAGGUUAUGCGGCUUGCUCACGACUCCGCGCUGGCAGGACAUCUCAAGGCGAAGAAGACUACUGAACGGAUAAUGUCCCAGUUCUACUGGCCUGGAUUACAGUCGGACGUCAGACGGUACUGUGCGUCCUGUGACCCUUGUCAACGCACUACUCCUAAAGGAAAGGUCGGUAAAGUACCUUUAGUUAUGCCACCCCUGAUUGAUACAUGUUUCAGGAGAAUAGCAGUAGAUUUGGUAGGUCCCCUUCAACCUAUAACAGAUCGAGGCAAUCGCUACAUCCUAACGAUUGUUGAUUUAGCUACGCGAUAUCCUGAAGCUGUGGCGCUGCCGAGUAUUGAGGCAGAGAGGGUAGCUGAGGCUUUAAUGUAA